AUGUCACGGCUGACGUCCUUAGUGUUGAGUAUGUUGCCACUGGAGAAACUCCCUGAUUCUAUUGGGUUGCUCACAGGGCUUCAGAAGCUGUUCAUUGACUGUAUGUUCACUGACAUCGUCCCUGCAGCAAUCUCUUCCUUGUCUGCCCUUGAAUUGUUGACCAUCAGGCGAUCAAGGCUGCCGAACCCAGAGGAGAUAGGCAAGCUGACCAAUCUCCACACUUUGGUGCUGAGUAGCUGUGCCGAUCUGCAGCAGCUGCCGCCGUCACUCGGUCGUCUCUCCUCUCUAACACGGUUGAGUAUCACCAAUUGUCCCAUCGUUAGCCUUCCAGAGGGUACAGGCCAGCUGGGUGGCCUGCGAGAGCUGACCUUGAGCAGGUGCAAGGAGUUGACAGAGCUGCCGGAAUCCAUCACUCAGGUGAGCCGCCUAGAGAAUCUCAAAGUCCGCAUGUGCAUCAAGCUCGCUUCUGCACCCCGAGUCAUGGAAAACCUUUUAUGCCUGAAGGAGCUGGAUCUGACUGGGUGUGUUCUCUUAACGGAGACUCUACAAUCCUUGCCUAGGUCUCUGGAGACCUUGAGGUUGGGGAAUGACACCAGCAGCAUCAUUCUUCCUGACAUGUCAACGGCUCCGAAUCUCAAAAAGCUGAAGCUGAUUAAUGUCACUUUCAUGGACGCACCAGCAACCACCCGUAGCCUUUCUGGGAUCAAGCAACUGGAGAUGCAGCUGGGCGCUGAACAAGCAGAGAUUCCUCUCCUGCUCGGGUUCCUAUCAUGCCUCCGUGACCUGCGCAUCUCGAACGCCAAGUCCCUGCAACACCUGCCUCAUGACAUCGGAUCCCUUCCUCAGUUGCGGCAGAUGCGUUUGGAAGGAGAAGAAUCUUUGCAAGAGAUUCCAGAAAGUGUGGCUGAGCUUGUUCAACUCAGCCUACGGAAUUGCUCCUCCCUCACAGCCGUGCCCUGUUCUUUCACCGCCCUCACCUACCUGCACAAAUUGGACCUCAGCAGGACACCACUUCACGUCCUCCCUCCCAACUUCCACCGCUGGGGGAGACUCAGAGAGCUGGACCUGCGUGACUGUGAGCAGCUUCAGUUUCUGCCGCAAGACCUUUGUUGCUUGACGAUGCUGCGAGAUCUCCACCUCCGUGGCUGCAAGAUGCUUGGCUCAGAUCCGGUGUUAGAUGACUAG